GCAAGGCGUGGGAGCUGGACUCAGUAAUGUCAUGUCUUCUACAUCAGUUCGUGCGUUUUAGCAGCAUUUAUUAUAACGUUGCCCAGACAUACAGGAGUAAAUGAUGCCAAAUGGUGACGGACAGUUGUGUUCAGUGAUUUGUCCUCCCUGACAUUAAUGGCUGACAGCAGUGAGUGGCAUUCUGUACGGAGAGGAAGAGGAACAGCCCGCAAAGGAAAACUCUCUCAGCCGCACAGGACACAGGACGAGGCUGUGGACCGCCAACGGGACAAACGCAGAAUCACAGAAGCGAUCAAUGAGCUGAGGUGUGAAGACUUCUGGCCAGGAUGGAAAGAGAUCAUGUUGAAGGAAACAGUUGAAGGAACUGAUUGCUUCAUGGAGUGUGUAUGUUAUGGUCUGGGCAACUUUUCCUCCUCCGUGUCUGCUAGAUAUCAGCUUGCCAUGUUGCUACUGCUGUUGGAUGCAUUGCAGAUUGCUGUGGUCCAGUGCAGCCUGUAUGACCCUGUGUUUACAGUGUCUGAAUGUGAAACUCUCAGAGAGUUGGGCUUUAAUGUGCUGAGUGAAAAUGAGGAAGGAAAGCGAGCAGUACGCCACCCCACCCUCUUCUACUUAAUGCAUUGUGGAAAAGCUCUGUACAACAAUCUGCUGUGGAAGAAUUGGAGUCCUCAGAUCCUACCAAAGGUCAUCAUUAUUGGCAACAGUUUUCUUGGCAUUCAGGAGCGAAUGCUUCAGAGGGAGCUUGACAGAGACUACAGCUUUCUUUCCGAUGUAACAGAUGUGUGUGAGGAGACAAGCCUGCCCUGCUCACAGCGUUUCUUAGAUGUGUUUAAUGAUACUGCCGUAAUCCGUUUCCCUCCACACAAGCUUCAUAAACUCCCGGAAUCAAUCUGGUAUGAGCCUUCAGAGCCUCAGUAUGAGCACUGCCAAGAUCUGGAGAUCAUCCAGCAAAUCAGAAAACCAAAAUAAAAAUUAGAAUUGUGCUUGAA